CAAAAAAAUAAAAUAAAAUAAAAUAAUAAUCAUUCCUUGCUCCUAGAAACUAGCCCUCUCCCAACCUCUGGGACAAAGGUUGUAUUGCAUUGUCCUUGUCUAGACAUUGCACCUCAGUGUUUUUCGAUGGCUUAUUUAUAGCAUGCUGUCACGAAUAAGUUCUGAAGGUGGUGCCUCCAGGGACCCACGUGCGAGCCCUGGCCCUGCUCUCAAAGAGUUGAAAAUCUUGUCAAUCCAGGUGGCUGCUCCCCGGGGAGACCUCCAGCCCCUUCCUCCAGCUGCUGCUUCUCUUCCUGUGCCCCUGGCAAAGACGAAAAGAGAACAAAGCUCAUGCUAGGUCUCUUUCCACUCUGUGAUCGGGAACCAGCGAUGCGUCUCUUCCAGUUUGAACAUGGUCACUGGGACACAGGUUCGGUCCCUCGCCCGUGCUCGUCCUGCCGGUGUGGUCACUUAGUAGCUGGCAACAAAAGAGUCCCUUUGUAAUGAACUUCUGCCACAUGUGACUUGUCUCCUGGGUCCUUGUCCUUCUGAACACACAGAAACAAAUUUGAACGAGAUACGUUUUCAAGGUUUUAAAGCCAGUGAUUCUGUCAUGCUUUGUGCUUUGGGAAAUAGACUUUGCUAGAAUCUGCAGUCUGCUGGCUGUGGCAGAGGUAGAAGCCACGAGAAGGUUGGCAGGGUUCUCCUGAUGCCAUGGAGAGCAGAUUGGGACUCUAAGUCUCGUUACUCUCUAGCUGGUGGGCCUUGGGAAAGGCUCUUUCCCUCUCUGAGCCUCAGUCUGCUCCCCUGGGAAAUGGGGCUAGUCGUCUUUAGCGCCCCCUGUGGUGGCGAGGUGACCUCUGUGUGCUGUAGACUAGGUCCCUGCUAGGAACUGGGGAGAUGCAGUUGAAUUGGAUCCAGCCAUAGUUCACAGACUCAUUCCAGGCCAAGAGAGAAAGUGUGUGUGCACGAGAGAGACCUGCAAAAAACAAGGCCUAUCUCCGUGCACGGCUCUCCUCUGGGAAGGAAGGGGCCUGCGCGGUGACAAUAGACCAGGGGCGCUGACUCAGACAGCCAGUUCCUGUUCAUUUCCCCUCGCGGCAGGACAGCAGCUGAGCGGGAGGUCAGCCCUCGCCCUCCGUGGGGCUGUGACUCAGCCCUUUGGCUGAGAACCUUUCCCAGAGAAGGACAAGCUCGAUUCACAGAUAACUCCCCUCACCGGUCUGCUGCGACCGGGCCAUGGGACGCGGGUGGCUGUGGGUGGAGUGCAGGGGGUGGGAAAGGAGAGAGAGGAGGCUUGCUUUCUGAAUCCUGAGUUGCUGUCCCCGGGCUGGGCUGCCCGGGAGCAACUUCCCCGGGCAAAGGAGUAUGUGAUUGAUGGGGCCAAACUGGCCCGGGCAGGGUGCUGGCACACGGGGCUCAGGAAAGUCCCUGGGCACCCGCUGAGGAGCCUGGGGACAGGGUUUGGAGCAGCCUGGAGCCCCCCAGCUCCCCGCCCCCAGCGUGGGCCCAGCACACGCUUGUCUCUUGCAUGAGGGCUUGCUGCAUGUGGAGUCUCGGCUGUCCGCUCCGCUGGCAUGGAGAGAGCAGAGUCUCUCACCCUCUUCUGGAGCCGAGCAGCUGCAGCUAACUCGGGUCGGGAAAAUGCGACAGCGACUGCCCACUCGAGGUCGUCAUGGCGACAGCCAGUGAACGUGUUCCUCUCCUCGGGCAGGCCCCCGAGUGUAGAGGAGCUGCUUCGCGAGGCGCAGCUCAAUCUCCAGAGCCUGUUGCAAGAAGAAUAUGAGGAACAGUACUCGGAGGCCAGACUUCUGGGGCAGACCUUCCGCUCUUCCGAUGAGGCCCCUGAGCCCACCCCCAGCCCAAGGCCCCAGUCUGCCAGGCGUCUGGAGUUUGUGUUGAUGCCUACAAAACGGCAGCUGAGCGACAAUGAGACCACCACCCAGGGGGUGAGGGCCCCCGAGGCCUUGCCUACCACAGCCGACAAGCAAAGUGCCUGGAGUAGCCCCUUCCCUCUGCCCGUCCUAGAGGAGAAGCGGUGGCCUCAGCCUUGCUCCACGCAGUCUGACAUUGUGCCCAUCAACGUCUCUGGGCAGCAGUUUGAUAAACAUGCAAGUUUGCGACACUCGUUGUUUAACACAGAGACAGCCGUGAACCCUAAGUCCACCCUGAGGCGGAGGCGGACCAUUAUUGGAUUCUCUAACUUUUCCCAGCGAGACCAAGGUCACAGCACCAGCCCAGCAGGCAGUGUGGCCCACUCUGCCACCUCCAACAUCAGGCCCAGUCACUCCGUUCUGGAAGGUCUUCAUGGAAGAGUUGCAGUUGGUCAGGAAGCUCGGUUCCCAAGUGUCACAUCGCCAGUACUGAGAAAUCCUUCGAGUGAGCUGGAAGAACCUCCCCAGGCACGGAGUGGCCCAAACCCCCCUGGUAUGGAGAGUGUGGGGAUGGUGUACAGCGUCCCCAGUUCCUGCAACGGCCCCACAGAAUCGACGUUCUCCACUUCCUGGAAGGGAGAUGCUUUUACCUACAUGACUCCAUGUGCCACCAGCCAGAGAAACCAAGUCAAUGACAACGGAAAACAUCCUUCCUCUGGGAAUUCUUGGGUCUCUCUGAACACACUCCCGCCUCUGGUUCCUAAGGAGGCUGCUACCCUGUUUGUCACUCGUGAUAACCCAGCAGGAUGCAGUGGGCUAACUGGCUACUCCGAGCACCCUACUCAACGGAGGCAAGUACCGGAAAGACCCUCCAAGAUUGGCCUUCUGCCCGGUGCUACCUCAAAGCUGGAGACAGGCCCAGGCGGGGCCGGCCGAUUCCGGGAACGGUCGCUGUCUGUGCCCACAGACUCGGGCACCACAGCUGUGGACUAUGACAAGGAGCAGAAGGCCAGUGAGGCCUGUGCCAUGCCUUAUGCCAGUACCGGUUCUGAGGGCAGCAACAGUGCUGACAACAUCGCCUCCCUCAGCGCCCGGCAGGAGGCCCAGCACCGAAGGCAGAGGUCCAAGAGCAUCUCACUCAAGAAGGCCAAGAAGAAGCCCUCCCCACCUACGCGCAGUGUCUCCCUGGUCAAAGACGAGCCAGUCCUCUUGCCGGAAGGGGCAUCUGCGCUACCCAAGGACCAGAGGCCCCGGAGCCUUUGCCUCUCCUUGGAAUACCAAGGACAUCACUCGUCCCACCCAGAUGCUCAGGGUCACCCAGCUGUGCCAACCCUCAAAGAUCCAGAAGGUACACAAUUCUCCCACCACUGGUAUCUUACUGACUGGAAGUCUGGUGACACCUACCAAUCCUUGUCCAGCUCCAGCACUGCCACUGGCACCACGGUCAUUGAGUGCACCCACGUUCAGGGCAGCUCAGAGUCUCUUGCGUCCCCUUCCACCUCCAGAGCCACUACACCUUCCCAGCUCUCCAUCGAGGUGGAAGCCAGGGAGGUGUCCUCCCCAGGAAGGCCCACCGGACUCAUGUCACCCUCCAGUGGCUACUCCAGCCAGUCAGAGACACCAACACCUACUGUCUCCAUGUCCUUGACCCUGGGCCACUUUCCCCCUGCAAGCAGCAACGUCCGGGUACGUCCGGUGGUACCAGAGAGGAAGUCGUCACUACCCCCAACAUCACCAAUGGAGAAACUCCCCAAGUCACGGCUAUCAUUUGACCUACCACUGACCCCUUCAACCAACCUGGAUCUGUCUGGGAUGAGUAUCUCCGUCCGAAGCAAAACCAAGGUGAGCAGGCAUCACUCAGAUACAAAUUUCGGGGCCAAGCUGGCCCAGAAAACUAGUCCCAACCAGCCGAUCAUGCCCAUGGUUACUCAGUCUGACCUACGUUCUGUCCGCCUGAGGUCAGUCAGCAAGUCUGAGCCGGAAGAUGACAUCGAGAGCCCUGACUACACUGAGGAAGCCAGAGCGGAAGAAGUCUUCACCUUGCCGGAGAGAAAGAUGAAACCUCCCAUAGCUGAGAAGCCUCCGCUGGCCCGAAGACCUCCAAGCUUGAUCCACAAGCCACCGUCUGUCCCCGAGGAGUACCCACUCCCUUCGCCUACCUUGACUAUAACCCCCAAGGGCUCAACUCAACACGGGAGACCACUCUCUCAAGACAGCUACACGGUGGUGCGGAAACCAAAGUCCUCCAGCUUCCCCAAUGGCAGAAGUCCAGGCGAGGCGACACCACCCUCGUCUGCCGUUUUCACGCCUUUUGCCUGUUCCUCUGGUGCUUUCUUCUCAGGAACCCAGCAGCCUCCGCAGGGAAGUACGGAGGACGAGGGCCCCAAGGUGAGAGCCCUGCCUGAAAGAAUUAGCCUCCAGAGCCAAGAAGAAGCUGAGAGAAAGAAAGGCAAGAUUCCACCGCCUGUGCCAAAAAAGCCCAGCGUGUUGUACCUGCCUCUGACCUCGCCCACAGCCCAGAUGGAGGCCUACGCGGCAGAAGCCAGGCUGCCCCUCAGCCCCAUCAUCACCCUGGAGGAGGACGCCAAGUGUCCCCGCACCGGGGAUGGUGAAAGGGCGACUUCAACUCCACAGGCUGACAUUGAAAAGGAGGCAAGCCCUCUGGGGAGUUCGGUGGAACCAAGUACUGAAGAAAAAAGUUUAAUCAGUGAUAAAACAGCCGAAUGGAUUGCGGAGGACGACGAUGACGUUUUUGUGGCUUCACGCACAACUGAAGAUUUAUUUACUGUGAUACACAGGUCCAAGAGAAAGCUCCUCGGCUGGAAGGAGCCUGGUGAGACGUUUGCCUGCAGCAGACAGAGCUCCCACUCGCCGAUAAAGAACACAGCCGAGUCUCCGAUCAGUGAGUCAGCUGCCACCGCAGGGUCGGGCGGCAGUGCCAACCUAGAUGCUGGCAGAAAUGAUGAUUUCAAGGCCUUGCUGCAGAAGAAGGGAAGCAAGGCAACUCCGAAAUCCCGCCCCUCAGCAGCCGAACUGCUGAAAACCACUAACCCACUGGCUCGGAGAAUUAUUGCACAAUUUUCAAAAGACUAUGACACCACUGAUAACCCCAGUACCUAAGCCCUGGGUUCAACAAGAGGGGUUUGCUUACUAACCUUGGGUAGAGAAGGGGAAAGAGAAAAGGCUUUAAAAAGGAACCUUGGGAAUACGACAGAGCCUACAUUUCUAUCACAUUAACUCGCACUCUGGAUGGCAGGAGAGAGGCCACUUCAUCUAGAGCUAAAGUCAUCAGGCACUUAAUCAUCUCCACACACUUUACAUUUUCAUACUUACAGUCUUGCCUUGACCGACUCCCGAGUUUCUUCUUAUUUCCCCCCAGUGGUGCGCACUAAGAAGUUCUCAGACGUGAGGGUGCAUGUGCCACCGUUUCAGUCAAUGACCCGGCUGCUCCACCCCUGGCUCCUGUCCCUGAGGGGCGCAGUGUGAGAGCAGAUUGGGGGCUGCCAAACCUGGGGGACAUAGGGUGCCAUUUCUGAUAGCUCCCUUUCCUGGGGAGACCCUGAUGGCCCUGUGCGGAGGUACAGAAAGACUCUAAUGCCUCCUCAGCCACAGUUUAACUUCCCCUCCACGUAUGAGAGGUUUGCAAGUGUGCACUUAUUUCAGCAUGGGGUUGAUUGGAUGGCUUUUGUGGUGCAAAAUAUGAAUGUGACUCUGUCCUGAAACUUCAUGCCUUUUUCAGCUUGAUUGUCUACACGGAGAUCAGGGUGAUGAGUUUCAAUAAACAUAUAGAGCCCCCCCCACCCCCAUUAGUUAGAAAAGGCCUGGACCAGGUUGCUUUGGAUGAACCAAGCUCAGCCAACAAACAAGAAAGACGGUCAUUUGUUCACUGAGAUCUAGCCAAGGUAACUCGCGCGUGCGCCUCAAGAUCCUUCAAGUCUGUCAACAGCGGUAGCCAGGAUCCGUGCCCAGCUCGUGCUGUAUUCUAAGAACUCUCAUUUCAUUUGCAUAUACCACUCAUUACAGGAAGUAAUUAGCAGAAGGAACAGCACCAUCAAAGGCUCGAGGAAGCUAGAAAGUAAGUGCACCUUGCCCCUCACCAUUCAGUUCAGAUCGUGGUUUGUGGUUAGUUUUGUUCCAAAAACCAAGAACAUUUAAACUAAAAGGAUCUAUCCAAAAUCUAAAAGGCAGCCUUGCAAGUUGCUAUGGCCCAUAACACCAAAAACAAAGGGCUACUUUUUGUCAUUUAGGUUCUGCUGUUUGAUCAACUUUCAGUUAACUGUGCUGGAGCACAGUGUAAGACUUGGGGAAAUGGGACGCUGAAAGAUCUCCAGAACAGCCACUGCGAUCCCUCUGUCCCCAAAACUUAUAGGCGCUGACUAUUCUUGUCAGCUCAGUUUCCUAAGCAGAGCAAGAGCAGUGAUUCAUUUGAUUUUCAUAUGCCUGAUUUCUGAGAGGUUGAGAGGAAGACAGACAAAGCAUUGAACAAGGAAAACCUGCUGACCAGUGAUGGCAAGCUAAUUGUCUACCAUCCCAAGAGGCAAGAAGAGAAGUCAAGUGCAGUUGUAGCCUGCCUCACAAAGAAAGUUUCCCGACCCCUUCCUAUUUCACCCCAUUGGUCAACCUCCUGGAGGACGCAGUAAGAGUUCCAGAGACAAGCAGAUCUCAAUUUCACCAAUGAGAAGCAAGCUCUUAGCUCAACUGCCCACGCUCCAGCCAGACAGCAGCUGAAAACCAACACCGAGUACUGAGAAGAUUAGGGCCUGUCACGCAGAGAAGCUCCAGGCCUAGGCCCUCGGUUGGUACAGUUCUGAACUCGAGACUUCUGGGAACAGGCCAGGCCUACCAGCUCCCUUGCAAUCAGCAAUUCCUCUGAUUUAGAAAGAAACCACUUAAAAUAAUAAACAGCUAGCGAAAGCCCAGUUAGUUGCUUUUGAAAGUAUUGGAACUACUUGGUUUGAAGGUCUUCAACAAAUAUCAUGGAUUUUUGCCUGAAAUAAAAUAGAUUCAUCCCUGGCCUUAGUUUAUAUAUGAAUUCUACCUUGCCUGCCCCAGACUCAGAGUUCCAAACGACAGAAACAUGUUCCUCUGUAGGGAAAUGAAGGAGUGUUUGUGCUUUUACUUAACAAAAGUGAAAGGCUGCCAGGGCCUGCUCCUUGGGAACCGUUACGACUAGCUGAACUCUAAAGCCGAAUAUGGGACUCAUAGUGUAGAACUUGUUACUUCUGCUGAUUUUUCUGGAAGCUUCUUGCUUACUACUUGUAGUGGGUUGUGCCUCUCCCCUCAUCUUGCUACCUCUGGAGGUUUCCCCCAAUAUUCUAAAGCUGAAUGCCCAGACACUUUUCUGUGUUUCAAUUACCUUGAUUCUUGCUUUCUUCUACAACACUCUAUGCCCCGAAUCUUUAGUACGUCGUCACUAUAGCCCUCAAAUGCCCAGUGGUGUUCCCAUUAGCACAAGAGGAUUUGGGGCAGAGUGUACCGUCAGAGAUAACAUUUGGGACUGGAAAUAUGUAUUUGAUAUUUUGCAACAGGUGGACCUAGUCCCAAACAACCAAACUGUGAAACUUCUACCAGUCAUUGAUUAACAGAACCCCAAUCACCUUUCCUGCCCCUAACGCUCCACCUCUCUCCUGCCCUUGAUUAUUGCAACACCAACUCUCUCUCCACCCAGGCACUUACCACAAUGUCUGCUGCCUUCUGCAGCCACUCUGCCAAGACUGGAGGAGAGAGGCUGAAAGCCCCUCUCGGGAAGGCUUGCAGAGAACCUACUGCUAUGGCUAGUACUAGUACGAAGAAUAAUGAUAAUACUUUUUAAAGGUGGAAUGGAGAAGAGGUUCGAGUGAAAUGAAGUUGGGCCCCAGGAGGUCAGCUUCCAUUUUAAGUUGGUCCUAACCCCUUUUUCCCCUCUGAUUCCAACCAACAGUAGCAGAUGGCCCUGCUAGACUGACUUCCAUCCGCUCAGAAAUAGAGUGAGCCAGCCCCAGGAGAGGAGGUUAAUUGGUAACUUAAGGUGCUUUGCACUUGGUAGGUAUUCAGUACAUGUUUGUGGUUCAAAUAUUGACGGGAGAGAGCAAGUUAUUCUCAGUACAGCAGCAAGCUUGGCUGGUGUCUCCUCUUCUCUGCUUGUACUACUUGGCCCACUGCAGCCUCCCCCGCCUGGGCCUCCCACCUGGCCCCAACUUGUUCCUCGGCCCCAAUUCCCAGGAACUGCAUCCCUAGCCGAUGGCUCACCCAUAAAGGAGGCGAGACAACAGGUGGCAAAAUAGUUUCCAUCAGCUUAAUCACCACAAAUUGACCAGCUGAUCUGGAGACAUGACCUUGAACGUGCAAAGACAGAGGAGAUCCUACCGAGCUCUUCUAACGAGCAUUUCACCUGGCAUCCAUGUCAACUGUCUAGACAACAUAGACACGAUUUACAGUCUCCCUGUACCUGCGGUCUCAGCAGACCUGUCCGUGCACCUGCCCUCUUCCUCAUAAAUGAACGAGUCGGGAAAAAGACGAGUUCAUGCUUAGCGCUCUGCGCCUCAUUCAUUCAGCCUUCCGUUCUCAUCCAGUCUGUGACAUGAUGGUGAGCUUUCACUUUCAUAUGAUUUGCCAGGGCCAGGACUAGGGUGAGGCGAGCGAGGCGCCUAGCGUGUGCCACAUGCAAGGAGGUGCCCAGUCCCAGGGCCGUGCAAGUGCCUUACCCUCGUCCCAGCCCUGUGAUUUGCACUCCGUAGAGUAAUAUGUUUAGCUUCUCUUCCUAUGAACAAGUAUAGUCCCUCUGAUUUGGGGGGGUAACUCCCUGUCUGUUGUUGCACCAAAUGUCUUCUUGCUAUCUACUUUUCCAUUGCUCUAAGCCUUUGUAUGCCUAUGCGUUAAAGCAGGGGUCCUCAAACUUUUUAAACGGGGCCAGUUCACUGUCCCUCAGACUGUUGGAGGGCCAUUGGAGAG